AUGUUCUUCAUCGUUCCUGAGAGAAAGAGUUCAAACCAACCUGCUAGUCCAAACUCGGACGACCCUUCGGCAUCCCCGCCACAGAGAAAGCGCCAGCGUUUGUCUCCCGAGGCAGAAGAGACAUCCGGCUACUAUCCCAAGCGAACACCAAAGGCCUGUGACCGAUGUCGUCUGAAAAAGGCACGUUGCCAAUGGAGUGCCGGGAAGAUAUGUGACAAAUGCAAACGAGACGGUGUCAUUUGCACAACAAACCGAGAAUCGAAAAGGGAACCCAAGCCGCCGAACGCGGCGUACGUCCAGCUUGUCGAAUCCCAGAGAGAUUGCCUUCUCCGCGCCAUCACAAAGAUAGUUGAAGGGGGAUUGUCCAAUGAUCCUGCCGCGAUGGCCAACAUGCUACAGGAAUUGGGCAUCCGAGUCCAAGAUCUGAAGAGAGCACCUCGAGAGGGUGUAAUGGAUGAGCAUUCUGUGAACUUGGACGACACCAAUAUAUACCAAAACGCGGCCGAGAUUCAAGCACUCCUAGAGGAUUGGACCCCAGAAAAUACAGGCAUCGGAGACCACGACCGUUUGUCGACACUGGUAUCCCGCAAUCUUGGGACGUCUCAGUCUUAUUUUGACUCACAAACACACACCGAUACCCCGUCAGUUAUGUCACAGACGUUAUCGAAAGCAUCGGCGGACGCGACUUCAACACUGGACACGACGUUUUUGCCGUUAAUUGGAGCGGAUGAUUGGUUUGUGUUCGACGACUGCGCUGAUAAUUGGCCACUGUCUUACACAGAACCGUGCAUGGACGGGGCUAGGAGCACAGUCGGAGCAGGAUGA